CCGGGGGUGGAUUCCAUCGCUCUUACUUUAGUUCCUUUUGCAAAAGCUCAGAGUCACAAUAAGGAAACUAACCCCAAAAAUGAGCCUCGCAUGCAAAAUCUUCGCCAGCCUCCUUCUGAUUUUCAACCUUUCUGCCCAAGAGACAAACGUCGUUCAGGUCCUGGGCACCCUGAACCGAAGCAUCACCCUGGAUGUUCCCAAUCAACAGCUCAGUGAUGUAGAUGAUAUCAAGUGGUUCAAAAACAAUUCCAGGCUGGUACGAAUCAAAGGAGGCACUGUCAAAGGCACUGUGCAUGAGCAGCCAAAAGGAUACGAAGUGUCAGUCAAUGGAAGCCUGACAAUUAAACAUCUGCAGAGAAGUGAUAAUACUAACUUCCAGAUAGUCGUAUAUAACAAGGCUGGAAUCCAAAUAUUUACCAGAACAUUCAAUUUGAGGAUUCUAGAGAUGGUCUCAAAACCUGAGAUCUCCUGGAACUGUACCACCACAACCCUGACCUGUAAGGUAACAAACGGAACUGACCCUAAAUUAAAACUGUAUCGAGGUCAGACAUAUAUCAAAGGCGGCCAGAAGGUCAUCGAAUACAAGUGGAUCACCAAACAAAAAACAUCAUUCAAGUGCACAGCAAACAACACGGUCAGUGAGGAAACCAGCGAGGUGGACCUCACGUGUCCAGAGAAGGGCCUGGACAUCUACCUCAUCAUUGGCAUUUGUGGCGGAGGCGUUCUCUUCCUGCUCUUUGUGGCACUGCUCAUCCUCUACGCCAGCAGCAGGAGAAGAAUGCACAGAAGGAGAAAUGAUGGGGAACUGGAAGUCACAACACACAGAAUGACCUCUGAGGGAAGGAGCCAGAAGCCCCAUCCAAUUCCCACUUCAGCGCCUCAAAAUCCAGCUGCUCACCAACCUCCUCCACCGCCUGGUCACCGUACCAAGGCGCAUGGUCACCGUCCCCCACCCACUGGCCAGCGUGUCCAGCACCCUGCCCAGAACCAGCAGCAGAAGAGGCCUCUUCCUCCCCCGGGCACACAGGCUCGCCAGCAGAAAGGCCCUCCUCUCCCCAGGCCUCGAGUCCAACCGAAACCGCCCCGUGGGGCCUCAGAAAACUCAUAACUGUCUCCUGGCAGCGCCGUUCCCUUCCUCUGAUGAAAAGAGAUAAGAACUGUCCCUUCCCGGGGAGGCCCUGUGGAAUUCCCGCACUCCGGCGUGGGCGCCUGCAUGUUCACCACUGAGUCCUGCCCAUCGCCUCCCCAGCCCGUGGGAAUUCACCACCACACCUGCACUCCUGUCUCGGCCACGUGGUCUAGCGUCUGGAGUCUCCGGCCUCCUCCCGCAGCCCCGCUGCACCAGGAGGGCAGAGACGAUGAAAGUGGGGCCGUCGGGUGAUGGGUGACUGCGCACGAACCCUGGAGCGCUCCUCGCCUCCCUGUGCCACGUGCGGCCUUCGCCGCGCCGCGUCUCGCUGCGAGCCGCCUGCCUGUUCGAGAGACUCGGGGUUCUUAUGUCCCUGGUGGGCACUUGCUCGCCAUGUUGGGAGUAGGUGUGAAAUAAAAGCUUUGACUGGAUCCCAGUGUCUACUCGCUGUAGAAAGGGGCCCAACAUCCAGCUGCGGUGUUAAAAAGAGGCUGGCUGGUGUGGCAGCAGGACCCAGCUGGCCCGGACCCGCCUGGGCCCCGAUGCCACCAGAACACCCGGAACUCGGUCCCCAGGCCUCCGAGGCAAAGCUGGCCUGACCACCUACUCGUAGGUCUGGAUAAUGAAUUGAAACCUCUGUGCACAAUCUUCCACAAGAGGCACCAGGAAACGCAGUCCUUUGUCUCACUUCCUUAACUGUUCACACACCGUCUCAAUGAUCUACAGUGCCCUCCUGGGAAACAGAGGGGUCCAUGAACACUGGAGGUGCCGAGAGCCUGUCAGAGGACGUGCCAAAGGGCAGGCUAGGCCGACAGCUCU